AUGAAGCCAUCCUCCGAAAGAACCAUUGUUAUCGCUGUAGACUUCGGGACUACCUUCUCAGGUAUCGCCUGGGCUCAGACAGCAGAUCCAGAAAGCCAUCGUGUCAUCAACCAGUGGCCUGAUGUGUCCUCCAGCUCCUUAGGUGGAAAAUCGAGUGAGAAGGUUCCCAGCGAAAUUGCAUACCGAUACACCAAUUCAGGCCCUGAGUCUCUUUGGGGAUUCCAGAUCCCGGACUGCAUGCCGCGCCAUCAAUGGAUUAAGCUUGGCUUGGUACCUGAUAGGACGUCAGGAGUGAACUCACGGUUUUCUCAUAUAUCCACAGACUGUCGAAAUGUCCAGGAUACUCCGUAUCAUGCGAAGCCCGAGGAAAUUGUGACGGACUAUCUUCGAUCUUUGCGCAGCCAUACAAUCGAGGUUUUGAGAUCAAAAAUUGGAAAGCCAUUUGAGACCAUGCAGUUAGCGUUCGUGAUUACGGUUCCCGCAAUGUGGCCGGAGGCUGCAAAAGCGAAGACUCUUUCAUGUGCCGAGAAAGCAGGCUUUGGGGAAACAUCUAAGAUUCACAUCAUAUCAGAGCCGGAAGCUGCAGCCACACAUGCUUUCAAAGUUUCAAAUCCUCAUGGUUUAGAGGUUGGUGACACGAUUGUUCUCUGCGAUGCCGGUGGAGGAACAGUAGAUCUGAUCACCUUUUCCAUCUUGGAACUUCAACCAAAUCUUCGCUUGAAAGAAGAGGCACCAGGCAAUGGCGGCCUCUGCGGAGGUACGUUCCUGAACAGAAAAUUUGAGGAGUUACUGAAAGCAAGACUAUCCUCUUGCCCUGGUUGGGAUCGAGACACCUUAGACGAGGCACUCAACAGAUUCGAGGUAGCCAAGCGAAGCUUUGGAGGUGACAUUCGUGACGACUUUGCGUUCCCAGUUCCUGGUCUAGCUGAUGAUCCUGAAAAGGAAAUCAAACGUGGAAGAAUCAUGCUUUCUGGACGUGAAAUGGCCGAUAUUUUCCUUCCCAUCUUCCAGGAUAUCCUGGAGCUGGUUAAUGAGCAGCUUGAAACAUCAACACAGAAAGCGAAAUCAAUAUUCCUCGUUGGGGGAUUCGGACAGAGCCCCUAUCUACGCAAAUUUCUGCGCGACAAUAUUUCCAAUGAUAUAAAUGUGAUUCAAAUUGUUGACGGUUGGACAGCUGUUGUUCGAGGAGCACUGGCAAAGACAAUCGCUUCAACCACCUCGUCCAUUCCUAGAAUUACCGUGGAGUCUCGAGUGGCCCGAAAGCAUUAUGGGAUGAUUAUGAGUACACCAUUCCAGCCUCAUCUACAUGAAGAAUCAAAGAAGUACUGGGAUUAUUUCCAUGGCGACCAUCGUAUUCAAGUCUUGUACUGGUUUAUCCAAAAAGGAGACCAGAUCAAGGAGGGAGAACCCAUUGAAACUUCCUGGACCCAAAAACACCUAGAAUCCGAGGGCCCGUUCCAUUCCAUUUCCGUUCAGAUGUAUGAGUUGGAUAUCCCUAUCGGUGCCAUCGCUCCGUUAUACUUUACUCGGAAGAUGAAGAAACAUGCACGUCUUGACCCCAAUCUAAGCCAGAUCCAAAAAGACCGUAUCCCUGUUGUUCAAGGAAAAGAUGGCGAAAAUUAUUACAAGAUCGACUUCAAGAUCCAUGCUGCUUAUUUCUCGGCUCAUUGCGAAUACACUCUUUGGUACGAGGACAAGGAUCAUGGUUAUGUGGAUGUGAGAUAUUCUUGAAAUCUUCAGAAAUCUGGCUGUUGGUCAAAAUAUGCUGAGCCAAGCGAUCCUUGACUCUGUUUGAAUCAAUUGUGAGGGUUUAUUCAGGAUACUUCAUCUGGAAUAUUUCAUUUGGGACAAUUUGAUACUAUUGACUAUUGAGUUGCUAGCAGAGCCGAUUAUU